GCAAAUAUCUACCUUUAUUUCCACCUUGGUUUCUUCUCUCUAUAUAUAAAUACAGCAUGUGAUGAAACAUGAAAGGAAUUUUUGUGAGUAGUGAGUAGUAUUCUUUCUUACACUUUAAUUAUGGAAGACUACUCAGAGGAAGAUUAUGAGUUCCUCAACCUUAGCCUUUCAGUUACUACUCCUUCUUCUAGGGAAGCCAAAAUCAUGAAGAAAAAGAAGAAGAACUAUGAAGCCAAGAUCUUGAGGCUCCUCCAACUCAGGGAAAACAUGCUAAGACAAGAUCACCAUAACCACCAUCACCACCUCCAAAGAAGAAAAGCAGGCACCAACAACAACAACAACAAUCUCAUCCACUUGCUCCUCACAACGGCCACCGCCAUUGAUGAAGACAGCAACAACAUUGCUGCAUCUCUUGACAAUCUCACAGAUCUGUACCAAACAGUUUCCCUAACAGGUGAUUCAGUUGAGCGUGUUGUGGCGUACUUCGCCGAUGGCCUCGCCGCGAGGCUCCUCACAAAGAAAUCUCCAUUCUAUGACAUGCUCAUGGAGGAGCCAACAUGUGAAGAAGAGUUUCUUGCAUUCACAGAUCUCUAUAGAGUCUCACCUUACUACCAAUUCGCUCAUUUCACUGCAAACCAAGCAAUCUUAGAAGCCUUUGAGGAAGAAGAAGACAGGAACAACCGUUCAAUCCAUGUCAUUGACUUUGACGUCUCCUACGGAUUCCAAUGGCCUUCUCUAAUCCAAUCACUCUCAGAGAAAGCUUCAAGCGGAAACCGCAUCUCUCUAAGGAUCACCGGAUUCGGCACCACUCUGAAGGAGCUUCAAGAAACGGAAUCCAGAUUGGUGAGCUUCUCCAAAGGCUUCGGUAACCUUGUGUUUGAGUUUCAAGGGUUGUUGAGAGGGUCCAGGAUCACGAAUCUGAGGAAGAAGAAGAACGAGAGUGUUGCAGUGAACCUUGUUUCAUACCUCAACAGUGCGAGCAACAGCAGUUUGUUGAUGAAUUUCUCUGACACAUUGGGAUUCGUUCGGUCUCUCAGGCCUUCGGUUGUGGUGUUGGUGAAGCAAGAAGGUAGCAGGAGCAUUAGAACGUUCUUGUCUCGGUUCACAGAGUCAUUGCAUUACUUUGCCGCCAUGUUUGAUUCCCUUGAUGAUUGUCUUCCACUGGAGAGCGCAGAGAGGUUGAGGAUUGAGAAGAAGCUUCUCGGGAAAGAGAUCAAGAGCAUGCUCAACUGUGACAUGGAGAUGGACGGCGUGGAUUGUCCCAAGUAUGAGAGGAUGGAAGCGUGGAAAGCCAGAAUGGAGAAUCAUGGUUUUGUUGCCAUGAAGAUGAGCUCCAAAUCUCUCAUGCAAGCUAAGCUUCUUCUCAAGAUGAGGACUCAUUAUUACUAUUCUCCACCACUUCAAUUUGAUGAUGAUGCCGCCGGCGGCGGUGGUGGUUUCAGGAUUUCUGAAAGGGACCAGGGUAGAGCCAUUUCUUUGGGGUGGCAGAAUAGGUUUCUUCUCACUGUGUCCGCAUGGCAAUUACCACUUUCAUCAUCAUAAUAUUCUAUUCUAUAUA